AAAGCAUCUGUGACAUUGACAGUUGACGAACAAACCAAACAAUUUGUCGUGUGAUUUUUCUGUAAAAUGAACGAAAAUGACGAUGAACUCACUACUUUUUGUGACUCAGCGGCAUCCUUAGUGGAAGGUUGUCGUUUGCCUGUUCGUAUGCAAGGAGGCGACGACUGGCCUUUAGCAGAAAUUAUAAGCAUCAAGGAAAGUCGAGGACAGAGAGGAUACUAUGUGCACUAUGUUGACUUCAACAAACGCUUGGACGAGUGGGUCGGCGAGUCAUGGCUGGACACACGCAAGGUCCAGUUCCCUCGCCGGGAUGGAGCGCCCACCGGAGGCACCACCACACCGAAGAAGACUCACAUUGGUUCAGGAGGUGGCGUGAUGCCUACUUUUAUUAAUGAUACAGUCUGCAACGAAAGCCAGAAGUCUAGUAGCAAUAGCAUUAGACCCACCCUCGUGAGCCAACCCGCUCAGCCCAAAAUAGAGAAAGCCCACUUUAGCAAUGCACUCAAUGGUUCCACACAAAAACUUGCACAUGGCGGCAUGCCGGAGCCCCGUCAACUUAUAUCGCGGCCCGCCAGCCCCACGCUUACCCAUGACACGUCAUCGCUUGUCAACGGAGGCGCGGUACUGGCUGCAGCGCUACAGAAAAAGAUGAACAGGAAACGGAAGGCUAACUCCUUGGAUAUAGAGCCUUCAGAGCCCAUACCGGCAACAGAAUCCGAGACAGGCGACACGAUAGCGAGUGGCGCCGCCACUCCCACGGCUAGACCUAGGCAGUCUGGCAGUAUGGUCGCCCACGGUCAUGACGACCUGGUGACAAGAAUGAAGAACAUAGAAAUGAUUGAGCUUGGACGGCAUAGGAUACGGCCUUGGUACUUCGCACCUUAUCCUCAAGAAAUGGUCAAUUUACCGUGUAUUUAUAUCUGCGAAUUUUGUUUGAAGUAUAGAAAAAGUAAAAAGUGCUUGGAAAGACACUUGAUCAAAUGUAAACUAAAACACCCUCCAGGCAACGAAAUAUACAGGAAAGGCAGCAUAUCAUUCUUCGAGAUAGACGGACGGAAGAACAAAUGCUACGCCCAGAACCUUUGCCUGCUCGCCAAACUCUUCCUCGACCACAAGACAUUGUAUUAUGACACAGACCCGUUCUUAUUUUACGUCAUGACGGAAUUUGACUCUAGAGGUUUUCACAUAGUAGGAUAUUUUUCAAAAGAGAAAGAGAGCACGGAAGACUACAAUGUAGCAUGUAUAUUAACACUACCUCCAUACCAAAGAAAAGGAUAUGGAAAACUCCUUAUAGAAUUUAGUUACGAAUUAUCAAAGUUCGAAGGCAAAACGGGUUCCCCCGAGAAACCGCUGUCGGAUUUGGGAUUGUUGUCGUACCGGAGUUACUGGGCACAGACAAUCCUGGACAUACUGAUGCACAGCAAGCCAGUGGGAGACAACGAGAAACCUAUCAUCACCAUCAACGAAAUAUGUGAAUUGACCAGCAUAAAAAAAGAAGAUGUAAUAAGCACACUGCAAAACUUGAAUCUGAUCAACUAUUACAAGGGACAGUACAUCAUAUCCGUCAAUCAGGAAACGAUACAGCAACACGAAAAGGCAAUGGAGAAGCGAAUGUUACGGAUCGACCCCAAAUGUCUGCACUGGACGCCUAAGGAUUGGUCUAAAAGAGCUAAGUGGUAACGCCUUCAGAAAACGGAUCAACCAAGCCAACCUCAACGUGUGUGCGUAUCAAAUUUUCAAUUAUCGCCGUGUAUUUCAUAUUUUUCCAUUAAAAUUUGAUAAUUUUCACUAAAUUCGCUAUACUAAAUCUUAUCUCUCGCUGCUCAAAUUAUUUUAGUUUACUUAUUUUCUCGUAGAAAACGUGUUCAAUGUUCUAAGUUAAAUAGUAUAGACAUACUGCGGUUUAUUAUGCAGGUUGUUUCUAUAGGUGCACAAAUUUUAACUUCGCAAACAUAGCAAUAUAACUUUUUUUACAUUCGCCAAAACCACAAUGACUAUGACAUUUUAUAUUAUGAAGAAUUCAUAUUUAAUUUUAUACAGUUUUUUUCUGAUUUAUCGAAAUGUAAUUUUUCGAAAAGAUUUCUCUCUUUGAUCGAAAGUUUACCUUCACUUUAAAAAAAUUAACCUUUUGGUUACUUGCAAAUAUGCAACGUUUGUUUACAACUUUCUUUGGAUUUUUGGUGAAGACUUUUCGAGAAUGCUAUGUAAAGUACCUACCUGGGGUCUUAGUGUGAGUUUACAUCAAACGUAUUCGAUCGUAUCGAGGGCCUCAAAAAAGUUUUAGUUAGAAAGUAUCCGCUAGGGACGCUGUACAAUCUGUCAUAGAUUUAAUGUCAUUUUUUACGCAGUCGAUAUCGAAUACGUUUGAUUUAAACUUACACAAAUCCCCCUGGUUGGAAUUUGUGCACCUGUAAAAUGACUGUAUUUACGCGUUAAUAGGUACUAUUUUAGUUCAGCGUAUUAUGCUACGCUGUACGACAAUGUAAGAUAUAAAUAGUUAAUGUUUUAUUCGUAUCGUAGGCAUAUUAUGCAAUGCCCACGCGAUAAUGUUAGCACAUACGUGUGUGAACCCGCGGAAUCGGUCUACGGAGACAAUAUUAUUUAGACAGGCAAAUUGUCAAAGGCCGGUAUAACUCGCGGAAUAGCGUUUACUUGUCUUAAUGUUUGUUAUGAGACUCUAAUUGUGAUAUUAAACGAUAUCAAAGUUGUAA